AACUAGUUUGUCCAUCAAGAAGCUAAUUGUAAGUUAUUAGCUCUCUGUAACUGGUCACUUAAACAAAUCAGCUGCACAACACAAUCUAAUCAUUUCAUUUUGCAUCACAAGAUGAUAAAUUUAACACCAGAGGAAACCUCGGCCGUUGAAUUAACAUGGUCAGAAAUAGCAAAAGAUUUGAAGGGAAAUUCUGUCAAGGCUUUUAUGAGCUUCUUUCGGGCAUAUCCCCAUCAUCAGAUGAAGUUUCAGCGAUUUUCUUCCCUUCCUCUGGACGAACUACCACAAAACAAACGCUUUCAAGCCCACACUUUUACGGCCGUGUCCACCCUGAACUCUUUACUAACUACGCUGGAUGAUGAGGACAUGUUUGAUGAGAUGAUACGAAAAAUAGGGGAGAAUCAUAUAAAACGACAUGGAGUUGUUCAAGCAGAUUUUAUGGACUUUAUGCGUAUUCUUACUGAACUAAUGUCAACCUCGCUUGGGGAAGAGUUAUGGACGGAACAUGCAAAGAGUGGAUGGGAAAAAGUUUCGAAAUUGAUCGGGAAAGGUAUAGGUGACGAAAUGUGACGAAAAAAUCUGAAACUUAUCUUUGUGAUUCUUAUCCGUAAUUUUAGCAUCAAGUUAUAUGUGAAAUGAUAAAUAUGUUUAUAAUAUAUCUAUAAUAUAAGUUUUCACCUUUAAUAACAUUACCUUCCAUACAUUUCUUGGCGUGUACGUAUGUAUAUGUACAUAUGCACCUACACAUGUAUUAUGCAUAUCAAUGAAUGAAAA